AUGAGUUUUAGCACUGCGACAGACGAAGCUCAUUCGAAGCCCACCAAAAAGCAUUUGGCCGUUGUUCCACGAAGUCAACAAAGAGAGACAGCAGCAGCAGCAACGAUCGAGGAGGGCGCCGCUGCAGUCGGACAAGUCUGCUCAGUUGGUCGCUGAAAAUCGGCAUCGCGAGACGUACCGAGUUGGAAUACAUUCGUUUCGACGGCGGCGACGCGUCCGCUCGUUGCAGUGGCGCAUUCAUUUUUUUUCGGUUUGAUUGAUUGCGAUUAUGAACGAGACCUUAAAACUGUCCGGACUCGGAAUGCAGCGCACCAAUAUCGAGCUCGAGCGGCAGAGGCACCUGGCCAACUGGCUGAUGAACAGUAGACCGCACAUGCCCGGCGGUCCAGCAGCAGCAUCAGCAACAACAACAUCAGCGGUAGCAGUAACAACACCCACUGCAUCAGCGACAAAGGGCGCAACAACAACAACAGCAACAACUACAAAUCCUGGCUCCACAGUGGGUGGAGCAGGCGCUGGCACAGUGGGCGGCAACGGGGUCGCAACAGCAGCAGCAGCGGGCGCACCCAGCAACAGCGUCGCAGCUGCAGCAGCAGCUGCAUGUAACGGUGGAGCAGCCGUUGGCGCCCAUCACGGCCACCAUUCGGCGGCCGGGGCGCGCAAGCCCAAACUGCGGCGCUUCAACUCCCACGACACCAGCUCGAAUAUGUUCUCGGUGGCCGAUUUCGAGAACGCCCGCCUAGCUCGCCGCAACGAGAUCGAGCUGAACCAGCGGAGGGCACGACGCGUGCGCGGCAGUGCCAACAACAGCACCUACGGCUUGGGAUCGGGCUCAGGAUUGCUGGGCGGUGCCCAUUCCGGAUACUGUGACGCACUCAAUGGCAGCGGCGAUUACUCCACCGGGGACAGCAAGGCCUCCAAGGGCAGCAGCGAAGGUGCGCUGACCGCCAUUGAGUUCCUUGAGCGGAAUUCCCUGCCACGAGUCGUUCGCAUCCUGCAUGCGAGCAAGAGCUCCAACGAAACGCUGCAGUCCAGCUCAUCCCAUGGCUCCUCCACGGCGGCAUCGAGCAGCUCCUCGACGGGAGCGAAUCCGUUUGGUUCUGGUGGCAGUGGUGGUGGAAACAUUUCCAGUGGCAACAUUGACACCGGCACCGGCACCCAUUCAUCGUCCAGCGGAGGCAGCGCCACCGGAAACGGAACUGGCUCUGGUCCUGGUCUUAGUUCGGGCUCGGGCUCGGGUUCUGGUUCUGGUUCUGGUCACCAAAACAACAACGGUCGCCACAGCAGCAACGGUGGCACCCCACCCGGCCACGAUGAGCUUUUUCUGCUCUACAGGCUGGUGCGACAGCGCAACAUCUACCACGGACACAACGCCAAGACUCAGGCAUCGCAGCGCAAGAAAACGCUGCUCAUUCCACAGGAGUUUCCGGGUUACUUUUCGAUGCUAAGCGAGAAGGGUCUCCCCACGGCCACACAAUACGGAUCUCUGAUACAGCUGGUUCGGGAACGGGUUUACAAGUUUGUCUCAGUGGACAACAUGCCGGCGUUUACGGAAUCCUCGCCCAACAGCACGAGCAGUCCAACGCACGAGGGAUGCCUGCCCAUAAACAAGGGACGACCACAGUACGUGAAAACGACGGCAAGGGGCGGGCAGGUAUUCCGUCUGUUGGCGGUCUUCGAGGAUGGCAAACAGGAUCAGGUCAAUAUGUCGCAGCAUGGCAACGGCAAUGCGACCAGGUCCCAUGGCAGUGGAUACAUGGGACGGGAGAAGGAAAAGAACCGGUAUGCCCAGCUGCUUAAUGAAAACCGGCAGGUGUUGUACGUCCCACUGUCCACCAAGGGCAAGUUCUUUGAGAUUGAGCCGGGAAUUCCUCAGCUGCUUCAGAAACUGGGCGAUGCGCAGCGCAAGCUGAAUCCGGAGUGCGUGCAUCGUUUGAGUGCUUUGGUGACGGCGGCCAAGCAGUUACCGCUAACACUGCGCUAUAUCUCCGGUCCAGGCGGACCCGACAUUCCCGAGCAGCUAUGCAUUAGUCAAGUGAGCAAGGAGGACGUGGUCGUUGGCUGUUCCAUUGAAGAUGUGGAUACCCAGACGCCCUUGCAGCUGAGAAAGUUCUAUCCCAGUCGGGAUAUUCAGCUGGUAAAGAGUUAUUUAGGCUUUGACUCCGAACAACGGAUGCUCGCUAACACGAAUGUGCAGAAUAUGCUCAAGUUUUGUCAAUUUAAUUGCGAUCCAUUCCUGAAGCUCGUGGAGAUUGAGUUAAUUCAGCGCUCGGAACGUUCGGGAAGCAAAAAUCGAGAGGGGCUACGAAUCCUGAAGCCACUGCAUUUUCCAAAGAUCCUGAGACGCGAGAAGAGCUCCAUGGCAGCAGCGCACGAGAAGGAGGAUUCCAUUAUUUUUCUCAGCAAAUCCGAUCUGGAGAAUCUGGAAGCCAAGGAAGCGGCAGCUUCUGCUGCAGCUCACUCGGAAUCCAGUUUGAAUCGCAUCUCUGAGCGCAUGCGUGUAUUCCAGUCUACCAAGAAGAAGUGGUUCGGAAAGCAUCAUCCGCAGCAACAGCAACCACAAGUAGAGAAACAUCAAUCUGACUUAGAUCUCGAUGAGCAGGCCAAGCGAAUGAGCAUGGAGCGCUACACGGAUAUGUCUAAGCUUCUGCAGGAGCGUUUUGGGGCGAAUCCCGAACAGCCAGAGCAGGAUGCUAUCUCCCUGAACAGCACAGCAGCGUCCGACACCGAGACAACGAUGCUGACUACCAUGGAGCCGAGGUCUCUGGACACGAUGAUGCAGAAGUCCAUGUCCCUGCAGGAUAUUGAGCUGCUCAAUGGACAGUGCAAGCAACGACCUGAUUUGCUGGCCAGCCACAAUCACAAUGACGCCAUCAGCGAGGCAGGUACCGAGCUGGAGGAUGUGGAGAAUCAGACUCCGCCUCCACAGUCCUUCAUCACGGAGAAGCUUUACAACGAGUUCCAUGUGAAGACCAGGCAGUACAGCAAGUCAUCGUCCAGUUUGCACCAGUUGCCUCUGUUUAGCUUGCCGCAAAAGUUGCAACUCCACGAGGCUGAGAAGGAGAAGCGGCAUCUGAUGUUGCUAAAGGCGCAGCAACAGGCGCUGACCAAGGAACCGGUCACUGGAAGAAGGGCAGCCGGGGGAGUUUCUCUGUUGGGAGGAGGACUCAACCAACUGGCGAUAUCCCCCGCAUCGCUGGUUGAAGACGACUUGCCCUACUCCAGUGUGCGCGAUUCGCUAGUAAUUUCCGGCGGGGACUGCCUGCGAUCGGAGGCCGCCAGCAGACCAGUGCCCGCUGUGGACUACACCAAGGAGAAUAUAUACGCCGAAAUCUGUCCCUCGCACACAGUGGACACCUUUUCGGGCGCCACUCAGUUCACUCAUGUGCCCGACGAUGAUGGAGAUUAUGCAUCGCUCAAGUAUUCGGUCAAUGGACCACAGUCGGUCAGUCGGAUAGAGGUGAAUGGAGCUACGGCGGCGGUGAAGAGCAGCGCAAUCAGCUACCAUACCGUGUACCUGGGCGAGGAACCGCUGGGCGAGAGGCACGCUGCCCACAUCACCACCGUGGAGUUGGCCGGAGAGGAUAACAUUUACAAUACGCUCAAAUGAUGACUCAUGUGAUUCCGGCGACGUAAGUUGGCCGGCGCCAAAGGCCUGUUUUAAAAACGCCGAUGGACAAAAGGGCAAGCAAGAGGGAAUUCAUGUUACCCAUGAUCCUACCAAGGCCAUCCUAUAGUCUUGUACUCGAAAGAAAUUGAAGUAUUCUAAUCUUUUAAUUAACUCAUUGAAAAAUACCUUACUUUACUUAUUACCAACUGAUUUUGACAGGACUUUAUUUUCAUGCCAUUGGAUUACUUUAAUUUAAACAUACCUUUUAAUAGAGAAAGAGUAAUUAAUUUAUGUUUUGGUUUUAUUGUGUAUUUCUCAGUUUCAUUUUAUAGCACGUGUAUAUUAACAUUGAUAAGAUAUGGACAACAAACGUUUAGCGCAUUGUAAAUUUUGUCUUCUUUAAAUAUUUAAAGAAUCUUAGUAAUAUGAGAGUGUUCGAGUACAAGACAAAGAUAAGAAUAAUUUUAAAUCAGAGAACAAUUGAAUGACACCAUUAAUUUGCUGUGAGGCCUUGCAUAAGAUCGGUAAAAUGUUUUGAAUAGGCUUUUGGAGCAAUCAGCCACAAAAUCAAAUGAAUUUAUAUUUUAUCUUGCUUACAAUUUUAAGAAAUGGUUACAGCAGAAUACCAAUGUAAGACCGUUGUCAUAUAAGUGAGAGAAGCUCUCAAUUUUAAGAAGAAUACUUUUCCCUGUCUGCCCUUUGAAAAGCGGGUGUGAGAACUUAUAUUUAAUCAUCCAAUAUGGCGCUGAUGCACAAAAAACACAAAAGUAGAGAAAAUAUCUUAUUUUGCAAUAAUACAAAAUUCAAAGCGAAUGAUGUAUGGUGAAUUCAAACAGAAUUUGAAUCUGGGUCAACAAACACCCAAACGAAAGCAAAGAAAAAUCUCGAUCGUAACAUAUAAUUACACAUACAUAUAUUUGUAGAAAGUAGUAUUAGUAUAGGGAUCAAAUUUGUAAAUGAGACGUCGCUGUGGACGACGAAAAACCCCCUUGAAAUGACAACAGAAAUUGUAAUAUUAUUAUUAACCAAGUGAAGACAAGCAAUUUUGUAUUGUAAUCUACAGAUGGGUGCACCCAGUCCACGACUUUCAAUCCAUUAAACGCCCAGAUCCCUAACCCAUACAAAAAAUACAUCAUAUUGAAACUGAACAUUUGGAAAUUGCAAUAUUAUACAAUUGUAUACAUAACUUAUAUAUAGAUAUAUAUACUUAUACACAUAUACUAACGUACAUACGAUAUGGAAAUCUUAGUUCAAACCUAAGGUAUUAUUAGCUCGUAGGCAAUCAACAAGUCAAAUCAAAUCAUAAGCGAUAUACAUCUAUAUAUGCAUACAUUGUAUAUUUGUAAAAUAGCAUAAACUUUUAGGGCAAAAUGCCAAACUUUUACACGAUCUCUCGUAUUUUGUCGUUCUUUUUUGGAAACCCAUUAACUUGGUUUUGUUGGGUUUACUUGUUUUACCCCCAACAACUCAACGUUAAUCAAACGAAUCGAUUACAUCAAAGUGCGAGCAUGUCCACAAACCAUAUUUGAAUCUGUCUAAUUGUCCGCUUCGUUCGAUGACCUCACAUAACUUUGCAUACAACACACGUAUUUAACAUAUUAUUAAGUGACUUUAUCGCGCCAUAUAGAAGUGCAGUCUCAAAGUAGAGUUUAGACACUAAGGUCCAGUUUCUAGUCUUAAUUUCAAAACAAAUAUGAAGCCGUUUCGAAAUGGAGACAUGCCAAACUUUUACUUGUGUAAUGAAUGACUUCGGCGUGGCCCGAAGGAUCCUUCAAUAUAUACACUUUCAAUUGGGUACUACAUAAAUAAAUAUUUAGCAAGAACAUAA